AUGUCUGAGGCCAACGCUUGGCAGCAGCUAUUCCCCAGUGGAUCUCCGCCCAGCGCGCGAUGGCUACAUACCGCUGUUUGGGGCAGCAGCCGGCUCUACAUUUUCGCAGGAGAGAGCAUUAACGGCAUCAGCCGUGUCAAUGAUUUGUAUUCCUACGGCGGUCAGGCAGACAACACAUGGCAACUGCUCAAUGCAACGGGCUCCGCGCCGAGUCCACGCGUGCAACACUCUGCAGCCUGGAACCCUGACGGCCGGAUGUACAUCUUCGGCGGGCUGGAGGACCAAACCGACAGCCGGUUGAACGAUCUGCAUUACUACGACACCCAGGCCAACUCCUGGAAUUUGGUGUCGCCCAGCGGCUCGCCGCCAGCUGGGCGACGAUACUCCCAUGCCGUGUGGAACUCGGAUGGCUUCAUGUACAUCUACGGGGGCAUGGACGGAUCCGACAACUACUUGGAUGACCUUCACUACUUCGACAGUCAGGGCAACUCCUGGCACCAACUCUCCCCCGGCGGCUCCCUGCCUGGCAUUCAAGCAAACGGCGGCAUAUUUUGGAGCUCUGCGGAAAGCCGGAUGUACAUCUUCGCGGGCGUUGGCCAAAACACUGACAUGCAUUACUACGACGAGGGCAACAACUCCUGGACGGCGGUCUCUCCGACUGGCACACCGCCCAGCUCGCGCUCCUUGGAUAAAGCUUGCCCUUUUCGUCCAUCGAAGUAUACCAACUUUGUGUCUGAAAGUCUUGCAAAGGCCAAAGAAAAUCGUGCUUCGUAG